AAGAGAAGGCCCAGAUAGCCCCACGCUUUUGACGGGAGGACGUUUGGUUUAAAUAGCCCGAAUGAAACGUGCGGUGGGGAGGUGGGUGGACAAAACUUACCGUUCCACCACCGUGCCGCCACAAACGGACAGGCGACUUUUCAGACUCGUCAACGGACGCAGCUACUCUGGCCGGUGUGCUGAGCUGACAUGCAGAUUUCGGAGAGUGAGGCCAACAUUGUGGACAAACCGUCGAGGCCUCGAUGGACCGUCCUGGAGAUCGGCUUGACCGUGACAACGGCUGUGCUGGCCGUCGCCCUCGUCGUCUUCAUCGCCCUCUUGGGGACCAGGAAAGAUCCUGUGACACCAUGCACAUCAGCAGACUGUGCAAUAGCAGCCACACGUUUGCUGGAGGGCAUGAACCCUGCGGCUAACCCGUGUGAUAAUUUUUACGAGUUCGCUUGCGGUGGAUGGCCAAAGAAGCAAGUCAUUCCGGAAGACAGUGGCUAUUAUGGAACCUUUCACGUUCUGGACGAUCAUCUGGAAAUUGUCCUGAAAAGGCUGCUGGAGGAGGCCGCCGGCAGCGGGGACAGAGACGCGGUGACGAAGGCCAAGCGGCUCUACCUGUCCUGCAUGGACGAGGAAGCUAUUGAGGAAAGAGAUUCCGAGCCUCUGCUGUGGCUCUUGGAGGAUGUGCUCGAGUGGCCCGUUGCCACCGUCGACUGGAAUUCAACCUACGGCAGCCAGUGGAGGCUCGAGGAGGUUCUUGCUUUCAUGACUUCACGUUACGGCAAUCGGGUGAUCAUCGACGUCGGCAUCGCGAGCGACGUGAACGACUCCAAGUCCUCCGCUAUCUACAUUGACCAGCCCUCGCUGGGCCUCCCUACCCGGGACUUUUACUUUGACAAAGGCUACUACAGUCAGGUACGUGACACGUAUCUCAGGGCUAUGAUUGCUGUGGCGACGAUAAUCAGAGCGGACAAGAAUAUCACGGACGAUAUUGACUUCGUUCAAGAGCAAAUGGAAGGCGUCUUUCGGCUGGAGAUGGAAAUAGCGGAGGCCAUAACUCCAGCUGAGAACAGAACGGACGUCACGAAACUUUUCAACAGGAUGACCUUAUUGCAGCUACAGCAAGAGUUUCCUCUUAAUGGUUUCAACUGGACACUCUUCAUAAACGAGGUUUUGAAAACGGUUGACAUUGAAGUGGAGGCGAGCGAGGAAAUUCUGGUGUCGGCUCCUGAAUAUUUGGAGCAGUUGUCUGACAUCCUGAACAGUCAUCCACCCAGUGAUGUGCACAACUACGUGGUGUGGAUGCUCAUUACGGAGGUGAUCGGCAGCCUCAGUCACAAAUACCAGGAGGCCAUCGCAGAGACCCAAAAGAUGCUGUACGGAGUGCUGCUGGCCAGGGCUCGCUGGCGUCACUGUGUCGACUACGUGAACACGGCCCUCCCGAGCGCCGUGGGGGCGCUGUACGUGCUCGACGCCUUCCCGAGACACGGCAAGACUAAGGUGGAGAUGAUGAUCGAGAGGCUGCGGGAAGCCUUCAUUCACACGCUCGACGAGAUGACGUGGAUGGACGAUCGGACAAGAGCGAGGGCGCGCGAAAAGGCGUUGGCCAUCACCACUCAGAUGGGUUACGCGGAUUACAUUGUGGACGGAAAUAACCCCCGGCUUGAUGAAGAGUACGCAGACUUGAACUACGAGGAAGACGUUUAUUUUGAAAACACCCUUCAAGAUUUAGAAUUCGCAGUGAAAAACGAAUUAAAAAGGCUCCGACGAACAACCAGCAAGCAAGAGUGGGACAUUGGCCCUGCAACAAUAAAUGCCUUCUACCACCCGAGCAAAAACCAGAUCGUGUUCCCGGCAGGGAUCCUGCAGCCGCCCUUCUUCGGCCUGGGCCAGGCCAUGUCCUUGAACUUUGGAGGCAUCGGCAUGGUCAUCGGGCACGAGAUAACCCACGGCUUUGACAACUUCGGCCGUAAGUUCAACAAGGAGGGCAACCUCGUAGACUGGUGGACCGCCGAGUCUGAUGAGGACUUUGACUCGAGAUCCAGGUGUCUGGUCAGUCAGUACAGCAGCUACACGUGGGACCUGGCUUCUGGACAAAAUAUCAGCGGAGUGAAGACCCUGGGCGAAAACAUUGCUGACAACGGCGGCGUUCGCCAAGCCUACUGGGCAUACAGACGCUGGGUCGAGGAGCACGGGGAAGAGGCGCGCCUCCCCGGCCUCGCGCUGAAUCACAAGCAGCUCUUCUUCCUCAACUUCGCCCAGGUUUGGUGUGGUUUACAUCGGCCAGAGUUUGCGAGCAGCAUGAUAAAGGCAGAUGUCCACAGUCCGGGCUUGUUCAGGGUCAUUGGGACUUUGCAAAACUUUCAGGAAUUUUCCGAUGCCUUUCAGUGCAAGCACGGCGAUUACAUGCACCCAGCUCAAAAAUGCCGUGUUUGGUGACCAGGCAAGACAAAGAUGCCCCGUAUAGCCUCAACAGACUUUUGGGGAAAACGCUGUUGGCGAGCACCUAUGAAUGCCAGCAUCGUCACACGAGGGGGUGGGUGGCCAGCACUGCACCCGGCAGCCUUUGUCUUCCCAGUGGCGAUGUUUACACAACGCACUGGGUACUCAUUUGUGGCUGAGUCGACCUAGGAGAGGCCCAAGACCAGUUCACAUAAUUUCCACAUGUAUUGCUUUUUGGGUCGUGAGCUGGAAUCGAACUCGGGUCGCUGGGUUCGUAGCGGAGGGCGUUAACCACUGUGGGGUUAGUGGUCUGGUGACCAGACCCCCCACACACACACUGUGUAAAAAAAAAACACCAGUACUUGUUUAAUUUUGUAAUAAUUGAGGAAGAUGUUAUUUUCGUGUAUGUAUCAGUAUCUUUCCAGAAUUACUUUCCUUUAAACGUUGUCACAUCCAGCAAACAACUUGAAACUGUGGAACAGUAACUGCACAUUCCCGGGCAUUUAAAAAAAAUGUAUAUAUUAUGUGCCCAACGUUUGCUUAAGUUAUUGUCGAACACAUGCUAUUCCGAUUGUAUAUACAAUACUGUAUGUACGAGCAAUGAUGUACGAUCCUCAACCUUUAGAUAUCUCGUUAAUAAUAGCAAAGAUCAUAAUAAUAAUAAAAACUCCAGUGCCUUA